AUGUCACGACACAACGAUCUACACAAGCCUGCACGCAGGCAGAACAGCCUGCCUGAUGAGCUGCCCGUUAGGAAAGUUACCAUACAGCAGAAAACGGUUCAACCUCUGAACACUUCCGUAGCUGCGACGAAUAACUCCGACAGCUUCCGACGCUAUCCAAACGUGGUAUCCCAUGACCCUAGCGGUCGUGGUCAUCGCGGGAGACACUGGGCCAAACCAAGCAGGGGGGUGGUGGCGAACAUUGUAAAAGACAUAGACAGGGGGGUUGUUCCAAAUAAUGCGAGUGAAUAUGAUGAGAGAAAGAUGAGCGAUGAUUCAGUGAGGACUGGGACGAAUUUCUCUAAUACAUCAAGGUAUAUAUAUAUAUAUAUAUAUAUAUAUAUACCCACUAGUCUCGAAAUAAGAUUGGAUAGCUAAGUAAGGACAUUAUAAUGGGAAACAGUUUUGAGGACAAUCAUAAUCAAUAGAAUAAUGUUAGAUAACGAGGUCUAUCCAGCGUUCCAAGUAGAGAAAAAAUAUGGCCUGCCAGUCUAAAAGUUUUUGGCAGGUGAAAUAAAUUUUAGCCUGCCAUUUUUAUUCAUUGAACUGUCAAAAUGGCGAUGUCUCACAGGACUCAUAUUGUAAAAAUCAAUGUUUUCAUGGUAUGCAUUUUUAUUAUUUUUAAACUUGUCUAUUUUACUACAGUAAACUUGGAUUUACAUCUCAAAUAUAAAGUAUUUAGUCAACUAAAUGAUCUAGUAUAUAUGAGUUGUGGUAAGCAAAUGAAAUGAAAUAUCUAUAUUUCACCUGCCAUUUUUUUUUACUUUGGCAGUUCAAAUUUGUUUUUGCCUGCCAUUUCUAAAAUAUCUGGCCUGCUUUUGGCCAUCGGCAGCCCGCUAUUUCGAGCCCUGGGUCUAUUAUGUCUGCAUCGAGUUCCCUAACAUUCUUAUUCUAUCGAGUAUGGGAUACUUGAGGAUGGCCUCCAAAUGGAACUCUACAUAAUGAAAUGUUGCCAUCUGAUUGGCUGACUUCUUAUUUGAUUUUGAUCACAAUAGGUACCAAAUGAUAUCGCGUUCAAGACUGAAGAAAGAAUUAGUGAAACUUCGCCAAGAAGUUUGGAAGCCGAUAUUGGCGCCAGUAUCUCCAAUGCUGAGCACACAAAUAAGAGAAACGCCUCAGGAUAUAUGAAGAUGACAGUGGACACAACAAAAGCUGCGGGACAGACUAAGGCGAUCUCGCCCGUUGUUCCUCCCAAGCCUAAAAGAAAGAAACCAGCAAACAAAGUCGAGAAUUCUGUGACAAAAACGGGCCUCUGGGAGAAUGCCCUUCAGGAAUUGAAGGAAAAGAUAUCAGAACGAAAAGUCGAGAAAAAACCUCGAGCUGGGUUGAAGAAUGAAGACAGGACAUCAGGCAAGAUGGAAAUAGCGGUAACAACAGCCUCAGAUAUCUCGAAAGAUGAGCUAAGAACAAAACAAGCUGAAAAUGCUGUAAAGUCUGACAUGACGAGAACCACCAUUGAGGAACUCUAACAGCCCUUCAUGGGUGGAAGAGCGACAACUGUGGGAGAAAGCUGUUAAGGAACUGGAAUUAGUCAUUUCUGAUAAGGAUUUGGUCGUUGAUAACCUCAGUAAAGUCAAUCGUAAACUGAGUGAGGAUAUCGAAUAUUAUGAAGAUACCCUCAGGGAUUGGAAAGGGAGAGAUAAAGGGAUACAAGAUGAUAGCGAGAAAAUAAUAGGUGAACGUGAUAAGAAAAUACAGGAUCUUGAUAACAAGUGA